UGCUAGAUGAAGCCAGAGAUGGAGCACUUUGAGUGGGUGGUGAUCCGCCACCCUGAGUUAGCGUCCUCCAGCAACGCUCAGAGCCAGGAAGAGCCGGCCUCCUCUGAGGGUCAGAACUCUGAGAACAACGGCUUACAGCAGCCAGAGAAACCUGCUGGAGACCUGUCGCCCUUCCUCUCCGCCCGCCACUUCAACCUGACCUCCAAGAACACUUCCAUGUUCAUGGCCGGCAACUUUGACUCCAUCAUAGUGGGCGGGGGGGACGGUAACGCUCUGUACAUCGACUCUGAGCUCAACCACGGUCGCGCUGGCCGCUGCGCCACCUUCGACAACCCCCCGCUGUGUGCCGAGAGCUUCCAGGUUGCACUGCUCGAAACCUGGGGCUUCCAGGAUGCCAUGGCCUCAUAGUGCUGUACACAACACACACAAACACACACACACACACACACGCAUGCAUAUAGAUUAGAUCCAUACAGACACAUUCAUGUAGACAUAAUUUAACAUUUAAACAUUUAGAUAUAAAAUGUCCAGCAAAGUGUUUCGAGGUGGGAAACACAGGUAUGCAAACAGAUAUACAUCCGUCCUGCAAAUGCAUAAUAUAUGAUUAACAAUUUUGUAUUUAUUAAUUCAGUUAAUCCAGAUUUGAAAACAAAAAAGUGACAUUUUUAUUUGUUUUCUGUUUAUUUUUGUAUUUACAGAUUUUUUUUUUUUUUAUGGUGUGCUCAUUAUGUUAAAGUAUCUGGUUAUACAGUAUGAAGGAAGUCAGGAUCAAAUCUAGAUAAGGAAGUUAGUUUUACCAUGUCGGGUGUGGUUCGUUCAUGUUCAUGAGCUUAACAUUACAUUUUCUUAAUGUAAAGUCAGUGUUUUAUGAUCUGUGGUUCAUUUCAAUCUGCCAAAUUGUCUGUUAAGCUAUCUAAAGUCCUUAAAAAAAAAAAAUGUACCAGGCCAUUAGAUAUUAGAAAUAAUGUGUGAAGUCAAGAGUUGAGUUAAUGAGAUGUUUUUAAAUGUCAAAAGCAAAGAUUUAAAUCUAGUGUUAGUGGAGUGAGGUCAGCUAAGUUUGAAUUAAGUCCUGAUGCAUUUCCCCCCAUUUUAAUUUGCUGUAAUAUUUGGGAGAUCUGCUAAUGUGGUAAAUGUUUGUGAAACAAUGGUGAAUAUGAGUGUUUCCAUUUUGUACCAUAUGUCAAAGCUUUCAUUUGAGUGAGUGGCAGUUUCUCCUUUGUGUUGUCUAUGAAUAUUUGUGUGAAUAAGAGAAGACACUCAAGGUGUUUUUUGGUUUACAAGUAACGGAGAUCAUGCAGUUUGCUAAUCAAUCUCCGAGUCUUACCCUGCUUCUUCCGUCCUUUCCCUGGUGAAGAUAGUAACAAAAGAAGUCCAAAUGUGUGCCGUGUUGGCAAAGUAUUGUUGGGGUAAUUAUAAACGCUGUUUUUACGUAUAUGUUCAAACAUGUGCUUCAGUGAAAUAUCAAUUGAGUGAAUACAAAUGUAUCCUGUGAAAAUACAGCAACAUGCUUUCAGUACAGUAA